GACAGGUUGUCUGGUGACUGGGGUCCACACGCCUCCGAUACGACGAAACAGCAAACUGGCCUCGCUGGGACGCAUCUUCAAGCCCUGGAAGUGGAGGAAAAAGAAAAAUGAGAAGCUGAAGCAGAGUUCCACAGACUGUCACCGGUCAGAGGUCGUAUGCAGAAUUGCUUCAGAAUGAGUGGCGAGGAGUCCAAGGUUCCAAGAAAGGGGAAAAAAAUUAACUGUUCAAAAACACAUGCAUACACAUAUAUAGACAGUUACUGGAGGAAAUUAAUGUUGCAUUUACCUGGAUGGUGUUUCCUUCAACAUGAUGGGGAAAGUUCCAUGACAUCCCAGCUGCUUUACAAAUGAUACACGCCAUGGGUGCUUUUUCUUCCAAGACGCCUCACAAAUAAAGUCAAGAAUAAAAUGGAAAAAAAUGGAUGACUCUGGCGACACCUCUGCCACAGCUGUAGCGCUCCUUGUCCCGAUUUUGCUGCCACUAGAUCAUGAAACACAGGACGUGUCCCAGUUGAUGGCAGCAAAGUGCGGAUGCCUUAGUAUUGAGAGUAACAUGGGAAGGAUGUAGUCCACCUUUGUAUCACGGGACAUUUCGGCCUUUCAGCAUGAGAAACACUCAUCAAAGUUCGCCAGCUACAGCCCGAGACCAUGCCAUCUGGUCCAGUCUCUACCACACGAAAUGAACACAGACAAAUUCAUACUUACAGAUGUUAUGCCUCCAUUUCUUUCCAGAUGUAGCAUUAUCCAGCAGUCUUCUAUGCCACGACCCAAACUCCCCAACUCAGGGUUGCUGCUCUGAUGGCAACCUCCUGGUGGGGGGCUUCGGGGGCCCCUUGAACUCGAACCUGACGGUCAGCAGUGUGGAGUACCUAGGGCCGGACGAGGAGCUCCCUCCUCCAGCAGUAGCACCACCUCUCCAGGACUGUGAGUGUUUGGAGGACAACGUAUCGGCAACAGACGAGGAGCAAGAUGAUGAAGCGCCACCCGUUGGCGAUUUACCUGAGGGGAUGCAGGACACGGGAGAACAGAUGGAGGAGAGGACGGAAGAGGAGGUUCCCACGGGAACGUCUCCACCACAGGUUCCCCCGAAACCUUUGCCUCCACAGCUGAGUGCAGUGGACGACUCUGGCCUGGUGUCGCUCCCACCUCACCUCACCAACUCCUACCUCCCAAAAGAGCCGCCACCCAGGUCAUCAGACAGCCUGGCGUCCAUGACCCUCCCUCUUCGAGGACCCCUGGCAAACCCAUCAGCAUCUCCACAUUUAGGCAAUAUGAUCCAUCCCCCAAUGCCCCCUAGCUGCAUCAUGGAGGAACUGCAGCGAGCAUUUGCUUCCAAGAACAGGCAGGAAAGUGUCCAUGAAGGGUGUGAGCAGAGCUCGCCCCCGCGUCUGUGGUGCUCGGACGGACGCCUCUCCCGCUCAUGUAGCUCCGAAAACCAGCACACCUCAUCUAUGCUGGGUAUUUGCGUGGGAGGAGGCUCCGACUGGCCCAAGAAGGAGGCUGAGGAGAACAAAGAGAACGUGCGGCUGGACCAGUGCUUCUCCAACACCUCAGGCCUCCCCACUGACCUGGACGGCUGGAACGAGUCCGUCAUCUCAGGCACACUCCCUCGAAGGCUCAGGAAAGAGUUACUCGCAGUCAAGCUACGAAACAGACCCAGCAAGCAGGAGUUGGAGGACCGGAAUAUCUUCCCAGCACGCAGCGACCAGGAGCGCCAAGAAAUCCGCCAGCAGAUUGAGAUGAAACUUGCCAAGAGGUUGAGCCAGAGACCCAAUGUAGAGGAGCUGGAGAGCCGGAACAUCUUAAAACAGAGAAAUGACCAGACGGAGCAGGAAGAGAGGCGGGAGAUCAAACAGCGACUGAACAGAAAGCUAAACCAGCGGCCCACGGUCGAUGAACUACGAGACAGAAAGAUUCUGAUCCGCUUCAGCGACUAUGUGGAAGUGGCCAAAGCUCAGGACUAUGACAGGAGAGCGGACAAGCCCUGGACUCGUCUCUCUGCUGCAGACAAGGCGGCGAUCCGGAAAGAGCUCAAUGAAUUCAAAAGCACUGAGAUGGAAGUGCACGCCUCCAGCAAACACCUAACAAGGUUCCACCGACCGUGAAAGUGACGACCGCUUUCUUCUGUGAAGAAAAUGCUGAGCUGUGAAAUGUUCCUGAGGAUCCUCAGAGCUACUCAGUGGCGACGGAUCAAAGAGCCUGGAGCCUUUUCGGUAUUCUUCCAGCGCCCCUUUGCUUGACGGUCAUGUCAGGGUGUGCGAAUGUUGGCGGCAGUGUGCACUGUCAAGAUUUCGGUCGCAUGGAUGCUGGGCGUUGUGCCGCGACAUUGGUGGAGACUUCGGCCGAGGACAAAAACAUGUGUUUCAGUCAGUGUUUUUGUUUCUUUUCUACUAUUUCAUGGACUCCUCUGAUGAGUUGUGAAUUGGUUCAGUGGGAUGUAAGACAUGCAUGUGAGCAGCUUCACCUUUUCUUAUCUGACGAGUAAGCGUGUGACUUGGAUUGUGCAGUCGGAGGAGACUGCUCUUUGAUAUAAACUGUACAUACAGUAUGUCAAUCUGAAUGGGAUUGUCAAUGUCUACACCUUUGUAAGCACUACUUCUCUGCAAAAUACAAGGUCUUUUAUAAAAACCAC